AGCCGACUCGAUUAGCCCGCUACCGCCAGCUAAUGUUUGUGGGGUUUCUCUGAUGGUAGCCGGCCGGGGUGGAUGAUACACACAGCCUAGAAACAUGGCGGACGUCGAGGGACAAGAAACGUGUUCGUCGGUCCCUCCGGUGCCUCUCCCUUCCUCCCGGAACGGCUCCGAGUCCGACGGCGGUGACGUUACACCGGGACCCGGCGACGGCGGCGGCCAGCCGGCGAGCACCGUUACCCCGGGCCCGCGGCUGGUCCGGAUCGUGAAGUCCGACUCGGGCUACGGCUUCAAUGUCCGAGGACAAGUCAGCGAAGGAGGACAACUGCGGAGCAUCAACGGGGAACUGUACGCUCCUCUGCAGCAUGUCAGUGCCGUUCUCCCGGGAGGAGCCGCGGACAGAGCCGGCAUCUCGAAGGGAGACCGGAUCCUGGAGGUUAAUGGAGUGAAUGUAGAGGGAUCAACCCACAAGCAGGUGGUGGACCUGAUCCGGGCCGGGGAGAGGGAGCUCGUGCUGGCCGUGCUGCCCGUCCCCCCCCAGGAGGCUGACUGCUUGGAUCCCGGAGACGACGGUUCAGCUCAGUCCUGCUACGACUACUCCGACAAGCAGGCUGUCCCCAUCUCUGUGCCCAGCUACAAGCACACUGAGCUGAACCAGGAAAAGUUUGUGGUGUUUAAUGUGUACAUGGCAGGCAGGCAGCUGUGCUCCAAGCGCUACCGAGAGUUUGUGAUCCUACACCAAAACCUUAGGCGGGAGUUUGCCAACUUUACAUUCCCUAAGCUGCCUGGGAAGUGGCCCUUUUCCCUGUCAGAGCAGCAGCUUGACGCAAGACGCAGAGGCCUGGAGGAGUAUUUGGAGAAAGUGUGCUCUGUACGGGUAAUUGGAGAAAGUGAUAUCAUGCAGGAGUUCCUGUCUGAAUCAGAUGAGAACUAUAACGGCGUGUCGGAUGUGGAGUUGAGAAUAGCCAUGCCCGAUAAAACCACGCUGACUGUCAGAGUUCGCAAAAAUUCCACCACAGAUCAGGUCUAUCAGGCUGUGGUGAUGAAACUAGGUGUGGACAGUGUGACAGCCAGCUACUUUGCUCUCUUUGAGGUCAUCAAUCACACAUUCGUGCGUAAGCUCGCCCCAAACGAGUUCCCCCACAAACUGUAUGUACAGAACUAUACCUCAGCCAUUCCAGGAACCUGUCUCACCCUGCGCAAGUGGCUCUUCACCACGGAAGAAGAGAUUCUGCUCAAUGAAAACCAGCUUGCUGUCAACUAUUUCUUUCACCAGGCUGUAGAUGAUGUGAAGAAAGGUUUCAUCAAAGCAGAGCAGAAAUCCUAUCAGCUGCAAAAACUGGCAGAGCAGAAGAAGACGUCCAUGUAUCUGAGUUUGCUGCGGGGUUGUGAGGGCUACAAUGAGAUCCUGUUCCCCCACUGUUCCUGCGACUCCCGGCGCAAAGGCCACGUCAUCACAGCCAUCAGCAUUCACCACUUCAAGCUGCACGCCUGCACCGAGGAAGGGACACUCGAGAACCAAGUGAUUGCAUUCGAAUGGGGGGAGAUGCAGAGGUGGGACACAGAUGAAGAGGGAAUGGCUUUCUGCUUUGAAUAUGCACGAGGAGAAAAGAAACCACGCUGGGUCAAGAUAUUUACUCCUUAUUUUAACUACAUGCACGAAUGCUUCGAGAGAGUCUUCUGUGAGCUGAAGUGGAGGAAGGAGGUGGAAGAGGAGGAGACAGACAAGGACAAUAAGAACUGCAGUAAAGAUGGUAUGUGUGGCAAGAAUAUUUUCCAGCAGCUGAGGCACAGAAGGGAUGGGGCCACCUAGGAAGGGAGAUCGUUACCUCUUAACCACAACACUGUCGUCACGGACUCGGCUUACUUUCGAUCCUCAUCCAGCCCCACGCCCGGCAACACUUAGCUAUUAACAACACGGUCAUCGUUUGAACUCCGUCAACCACAACUUCCCCCCCGAUACAUGCAAAUCAACAUCUUCUAAUGAACAGAAGCAUAUAAGGCUGCACACGUUCGAACCAGAAACUCUUGGAUCUAGCACAUCAUAAUCAUGCAAUAAGCAGAGCUCUGUCAAAAAGAAAGGAUGCGUCGACAGACUUAAAGCCACAGAGUCGUACAAGCCUUUUUUUUUCCUUAUUGGAAGAAACUUGAAGUGGAAUGUGAUCUGUCCAAGAAGGAGGCGUACCGAUUGGACAAGACAGCGGACAUGAAUAAUGAAUUCCUGAUGGACUAACAAGGGAAAGUGGAAGCUGUUUCUGCUCCAGCAGGGGAACACUGAUCAGCAAUACCGAGGGUUGACCACAGGGAGACACCACUGACUGUCUUCUUGAGCAAUGCUUGCAGGGGGCUCAGCAGAGUGAGGCCCUCCGAAUCUUAAGUCACAACUGAAUCAUGUCACGUGCAAAAAAAAUUGAUUUGUUCGACGCUUAAUCUGCAUUUAUAAAAGAAACCUGUAAACAUUGUAAUGUGGCGAACGAGAGAAGGGAGAGAGACUGCAGCCGUGUCACAUGACUGUUUCGUCUUUCCAAACGAGGAUGCACAGGACAGACGGAUGUGAUGGUUGGACACAUGAACGGGAAUACGCUAAACUUUAGACUUCUUUGCACUUUAUCAAACAGUAUUUACAACCCUCAGACGUAGGAAAUGUAACCUGAGAAGGAGGAAGUGGGCAUGAUACUGGAGGAAGCCAGGUCUUAUUUAGUUUACAUUCAUGUUUGAGUGACACUACGGUGUGAUAAUGCACUGCAUCAUCAGAUGGUGUGUGCACUGUGCCUCACACUUUUAUGUUAGUAUAAGUUGUUAAGUCUCCAUAUGGUCGGUGUGUAUUACUCAGAAACAUCAGCAGAGGUCCUCCUCCUCCCACCUGCUGGCCGUGAUGAGUUUAUUCCUGAGAGCUCCCGCAGGAUUUAUAAUAGGCCUGUAAGUCAAAUGGCUUUUUUUUCUUCUUUUUUACGCAGCACUAUUUAUCUCUGUCGCCGGUAUGUUCCUGCUCUGUUAAACCACUCGUGCACUCUGGAAUCAGGUUAAGUGGGACGAGGAUUUCUGGGCAGUGAGAGCAUCUUGCACUCUCCAUCAACAUGAUGGAAAAGAUCACUGCGCACAUUCAUUAAAGGGUCUGGAGCGGCCGGUCACUUAACUGCAGAGUAACCAUUAUACAUUUUAGCUUUAAAUAAGCCCUUAAUGUUGUAAUUCUUAAAAUAAUGUAAUAAUGAUAAUAGUUUUGUUAUAAGGUUUCAUGUAAUUAUCGGAUGAUGCAAUCCUGACUUAAGUCAUUAACUUCAGCGUAAACCUGACACAACAUUGGCUCCAUGUGCUGUAGAUCUUACCUUAUCCUGCAGAUAUCACAUGUUCACUUGCUACGAGCAUACAAGUGAUGAGGCUCAGUGAUGUGAUCAGAAUCGUUCAGAUUUUAAUCAGGCUAUUUCCCAAAAGUAUUUUGUAUGAUUACAUGUAAAACUGGAAUGGCGCUCACUAGAGCACAUACCAACAUUCAUAAUAUAUUAAAUUUCAGUUGCCUAAAUAUGGCUAAUUUCUUUCUCCCCUAAAACUAAUUGCAUCCUUCCACCAAGUUCCAUGCUCAUGUGUCCAGCUGUUUUUGCGCAAAGACCAAACUGGCUAUGUUAAGAAAAUAACUGAAACCAGCUGAUUUUAUAAUUCCUUUUUAAAUUAAACUUGCCUUUUAGUGAAUUAGUCUGACGUUUGUAAAAUGGUAACGUGAUAGUUAUAUGAUCACGAUAUGAAGCCACUGAAUGUCACUGAAUGAUAAAAUUGGUUUGCUGCCCGACCAGAUCUCCUUGUUUGGCUCGUACUAAGAAUUUUAACAGUAUUAUAUUUGAUCUGAAAGUAAGUGGCCCUCACUUCAGCUUGAUAUGAAGAUGGUGCUGGUUCUAAAAAGCUGUGCAGGGUGAAAAUUAAGCUUCAACAGACCUUGGUGGGUGUGUGUGAGGUCUUCUGACGUGCUCCGAUCUGUCCAAGUCUCUUUGGCUCACCUCGCUCUCUUCUCUCUCAUUCUGAGUGAAGUCAAGAGUCACAUGCAUUAUUUAUAUCAGUAAAAUAACAGUGUUGAAUUCAACAUCCCUGUUUUUUAAGUUUUCCACCUGACAUGUUUUGGCUUUAGAUAUGGAAACGCUAAGAAGAGGAUAAAGGUUGACGACUUGCAGAUUCUUCUGACAUGAAAUGUAAAGUUUAAGACACAGUGUUUGGUUACGUCGCUUACUGUAAUAAAUUGUAACAUAUUCUUUUAAUAAACCGAUUUAUUGAUGCAAA